ACAAUAAAAAGGAAAGAAAUUCAGAUUGAAAGAAUUUUACUCAACUUCCUAAUCUGCAUCUAAUAAUUUGCAUUAUAGUAAAAAGUAAUGCACUACAACCUUACAAAAAUCUUCCCUUCAAUUCAUAAUAACAGGUUGAUCAUGGCUUGAUGAACUCAUAAUAAGGAGAAAAAUAAGGUAGAGACAUAAAAGCCAUGGAGAUGUUUCAGAUCAACAGGGAAAACUGGGGUUUCGAUUACAAGAAAUUCACAACUGUGAUUUUCAUAGUUCUUCCUGUAUCCAUUAUGGCUUCGAUGUUGUAUUGGAACUUACCUUUUGAUCAAAGCCGCGUCUUUGAAGCUACAAGUAAUAAUUCCAUUGUUCCUACAAGCAGUCCUGAAAGUCAGAUUCUUCAGAAUCAAACUCUUGAUUCCAGAACUGAGGCUGUUUCACAUUCAAAAAACGCUUCACCAGGAUCUGACAGAAAUCCUGAUGGUGAAAUGCUAAAUACAACUACAUAUCCUGGAAUUGGAAAUGUGUCAUGUUCAAGAAAUUGUUCUUCUCAGCUUACAAAUGACAAAUUGAUUGAUGAAGUAAUAAUACCUUCAGGAUUCGACGAAAAAGCCUGUUUAAGCAGAUAUGAAUCAGUCAUGUAUCGGAAAAAUUCACCCCACAAACCCUCAGCUUAUCUCCUGUCGAAACUACGAAACUACGAAAAACUUCAUAAAACCUGUGGACCUGACACAAAAUCCUACAACAGAACACUAAAAAGACUUAAUCAGAAUCGAACAAGCAAACGCAGCCUGAAGUGUAAUUACAUCAUCUGGAUACCGGCAAACGGAUUGGGAAACAGAAUAGUAAGCAUGGCUUCGACUUUCCUUUACGCUCUCUUAACAAACCGGGUUCUUCUCGUUGAUCACGGAACGGACAUGGCUGAUCUUUUCUGCGAGCCAUUUCCUGACACAUCAUGGUUAUUGCCUAACCACUUUCCUGUCAGGAAUCACGGACACAUAAGGUAUAGUCGUAGUUUCGGAAGCAUCAAUACGUCAACAGAUUCGCCUCCAUCGCAUCUAUAUCUGAAUCUAGAUCACAGUAAUUAUGAUCUCGACAAGAAGCUAUUCUACUGCGAUAAAACCGAACCUUUCCUCAGGAAAAUCAACUGGUUAUUUCUGUUAUCAGACCAAUAUUUCGCACCGUAUUUCUUCAUGUCAAAAUCUUACAAGGAAGAGGUAAGUAAAUUAUUUCCUGAAAAGGAAACUAUUUUUUAUCACUUGGGGCAUUAUCUUUUCAAUCCAUCAAAUCAAGCAUGGGGUUUAAUAACAAGAUUCUAUGAUGCAUACCUAGCCAAGGCAGAUCAAAGACUUGGAAUCCAAGUAAGAGUAUUCAACCCUAAAACUACUCCUCUUCAGACAGUUUUAGAUCAAGUAUUAGCUUGUACAUUAAAGGAAAAACUACUACCAAAAGUACUGAAAACCCAAAAACCUGAAGCUCACACCCAAUACAGAAACAAAAAAUCAAAGGCUAUUUUAGUAACAUCAUUAUAUUCAUCAUUUUAUGGAAAUUUAAGUGAUAUGUAUUGGACAAAAGCAACAGAAACAGAUGAAAUAAUUGGAGUAUACCAACCAAGUCAUGAAGGGUACCAACAUUUUAGUGAUAAUAUGCAUAAUAUGAAGGCAUGGGCUGAAAUUUAUCUUUUAAGUUUAAGUGAUGUUUUAGUUACAAGUGGUUGGUCUACAUUUGGAUAUGUUGCUCAAGGUUUAGGAGGUUUGAAGCCAUGGAUUUUGUUUAAGAUAGAUGGUGAUAAAUUACCAAAUCCUCCUUGUACAAGAGAUUUGUCUAUGGAGCCUUGUUUUCAUGUUCCCCCAACUUAUAAUUGUCAAGAAGAGGGGAAAGUUUUUGAUGCUUCUAUUGUUUUUUCUUCUUUUAAACAUUGUUUAGAUCUUAGUUGGGGAAUCAAGCUGGUUUCUAAUCAUGAUUAACUUAAAUAGAAUAAAUAAAGCGUUGUCUGUA